UUGUUUACAAACGAUGUAAUUUUGACAGCUCGCGUGGUUAAGGUAUCGAAGAUUUCUACCGACCGGGCUUGGUUUCUAGAUUAUGAAUCUAAGUAAAAUUUGUCGUAUGUGUUUGUCGGAAAAAUCGCGUGUGAAAUCGAUUUUCAAGGAUUACCAGCGCGAAGGCCUGCUUUCAAUUAUCACCGAUGUGGUACAGCUGGAUGUUCAAGAGAGCGAUGGAUUUCCGCCGAAUAUCUGUAAACCCUGCGCUACAACGCUUAUACGUAUGCAGGAAAAUUUGAACGAAUUCCGAGAAAAUGAACGGGUGCUGAGGAGGCAAGUUGAAUACCAACCGGCGGAGGUGACCGAUGAGACCGGUGAUGGAAGAACCGAAGCCGCCAGUCAGCAGCUUGUGACUGAACUCAGUCUAGUGGAAGAACAUCUGCAGGAAUUCAUCAAACAAGAGCUCAGUAGUGAUUUCAAUGAUUUGACGGUUCUCCCAAGCCCCAAUGUUGGCGAAGACAAUCUACACAUCAGCACGAGUGAGCAACACCAUCGUUUGUCUGCCGCCGUUGCGCCGGAAGUAUUUGCCGAUGCCCUGCUGGUGAAAGAGCACACAGCAUCGGAAAACGAAACCUUUGAAGAUGGCGACGGUGCAGCCGAACAAGCAUCAUCUGCGGCGGACAGUAGCUCAGAGGGCUCCCCCGAAGAGGAGGUGUAUUCAAAGCGCAAAUCAAAAGCGAUCCGUCCGGCUCGAAAACGUCGAACGGCACGACGCAGUUCGCACCAGGAUGAGAAUCAGGUGAAGCGAAAGUACUUCCGGAAGACCGAUGAUGACGGAAAACGACCCAAGAUAAAUGAUCACAAGUGUUACAUCUGUCGUAGUGAAUCGCUAGGUUCGGCGAAAGCGCUACUAGAACAUCUUACAAUUCAUCUUGACCGCACGCCACACACCUGCACUGAAUGCAAAAUGGAAACUGUAGUUUUGAAAAGUGUCCGUUCCCUGAAUGUGCACAUGAAAAUGCACGCUCAACCAAUGAAAUGUGAGUACUGUGAUCGACGGUAUUGUGACGACCGCGCACGGGACUAUCACGUGAAGACAUUUCACCUAGGCGAAAGCGCUCCCUGCCCGUCUACGUGCGAGCAGUGCGGGAAAGUUUGUAAGUCACUGUCGGCCCUGAAGAGUCACAUGCGCGAUCAUCGAUUGAAUCUGAAGUGUGAACACUGUGACAAGGUUUUUCACCGACGAAAUAAGCUGAAAGAGCAUGUCACCAGGGUUCAUGAGAAGGCCGAGAAAUACGAGUGCAAUUUGUGUCAUCGAGUAGUGCACUCUCUGGAGAGCUACAAUUCCCAUCUAAAAAUGCACAUGAGCGAAAAAACCUACGAGUGUGAUUUGUGUCCAAUGAAAUUCUAUACUGCCGGAAAUCUAGGUCUGCACAAGAAAAUUCACUCAGGAAAUGCUAACUACAAACCGCACAAAGACUGGAGUGGACACUACACCGUCACGCAAGAGCCAGGCCAGGACAAAAUAUACACAUGCAAACUGUGCGGGAAGACCUACACGAAAACGGUCAUGAAAAUAAACAAUCACCUUAAGAACCACUUCAAAGAAGUCAAAUGUGAUCGGUGCGAUCUAAAGUUUGUCAACGAGUCUCAGCUUAAAACCCAUUACGUGGUCCACACCGGUAUCCGACAGCACAAGUGUGAAAGUUGCGGGAAAGAUUUUCUGCACAAAAACAAUCUUACGCAGCACCUGAAGCUACAUCGGAACGAGCAAAACUUUGCCUGCGAAUUUUGCGGAAAACUAUUUACCUACAAAGAGGGAAUGAAGGCUCACAUUCGCAACCAUCAUUUGCGCGAGAGUCCCUACGAGUGUGUUCCCUGUCGAAGGAAAUUUGUUGAUAGCGCUUCGCUCGUCAGACAUAAUGUGGCCGAGCAUGAUCCGCCCCCACUGCCAGUGGACUUGGGACCGCCACCGCUGAUGGGAACCGUUCAGCAGGCACAGAUGGUCAAGCAAGAGCAGCUGGGAGUUGGUGCUACUAGCUAGGUGUGACUGUCUGUGGAAAAAUAAUACGGGGGUUGUAUAUA